UGAACAUUGAUAUUUCAGCAACAGCCUUCGAAGAGUUUAUUGUGAUAGAUCAGUUGGAAUAGCUGAAGAAAAAUGUCUGUUCCGGAUUUGAUAAGCGCAUUGGAUGCCAUUCCCAAGCUGCCAACAGCUAACCCUGAAAUAAAUUCGGGAUUUCUGGGUGCGCCGGAAUGGCUAACAGAAAGCUAUCUGCAGGAUGCAUUGCGCAAGUUCUAUAGGGAUCCGAAAUUGAGGAUCGCCGCGCUUGAUGGUCGUCCGGCACUGGGACGUGGCGAAAACUAUGGCGGCGUUCUGACCCGCAUUAAGGCGGAGUUUAUCCGAAGCGAUGGCAGCUCGCUGAUCGGGCACUACAUAAUCAAGACCUCGUUUGAGAGCGACGAAUUCGCACGCAAGGCCAUGGAACCCUACGAUAUAUUCAAUCGGGAGAUGUCCAUCUAUGAACAGAUCCUGCCCAAACUUAAUGCGCUGCUGCGCGAAAUUAACGAUGAUGAACAAAUCUUUGCAGACACAAUGGCUGUCGACUACCAUCGCUCUGCGCUGAUCUUCGAGGAUCUGAGCGUGCGUGGCUACCUUAUGCCCGAUCGUCUAGUGGGCUUGGAUCUGAAACUGGCCCGCCUUGUCCUCCGAAAGCUGGCCAAGAUGCAUGCCACCUCUGCGGUGCUGAACGAGCGCGAGCUCGGCGCCCUGGAAUCCUACGAUCGCGGCAUGUUCAACCGUCACACAGAUAACUAUGCGCCCUGCUUUCUGGGCAUGAUUCAGGCGGCCAGCAGGCGUGUGGCCCAAUGGCCUGGCUACGAGCAGUACGCCGAGAAACUGGAGGCUCUCGUGCCCGUCUACAUGGAGCUGGGCAAGCGAGUGUUCGAUGUCAGUCCGGGCAUCAACGUGCUGGCCCACGGCGAUCUGUGGACCAAUAAUGUCCUUGUCAAGUAUAACGAAUCCACCGGCGAGCCGGAGGAUGUCAUUAUCAUUGAUUUCCAGUACGCUGCCUGGGGCUCACCGGCGAUUGAUCUGUUCUACUUUUUGAAUUCCUCGCUGCAAUUGGAUUUCCAUUUGCACCAUCACGAGCAGCUCAUCCAGUACUACUUUGAGAUCUUUUCAAACACGCUCAGAAAACUGCGCUACAAAGCGCAUAUUCCCAGCCUGCAUAACUUUCACCUGGAGCUUGAGAAGAAAUCUUUCUAUGCCAUGCACACCAGCUUCAAUAUCUUUCCCAUCCAGCGAAAUGAGGAAACAGAGGAUGCGGACUUCAAUGCUUUAAUGAAGUCCGACCAGCGAGCAAUUAACUUUAAGAACGGCUGCUAUAGAAAUCCGGUUGCCCAAAAGGUUCUGCGGGAAUUAUUGCAUCGAUUUGAUUGCCAAGGGUUACUGGAUGCAGAUCAGUAAUUCGUUUUGGAAUUCGUUUUCACCAUAUCUUGUACUUGCUUUUAAUAGCCUAAUAUCAUUUAUUUCAUUUAACUUACAUAUCAUUAAUUUAUGGCACAUUUCUGUUAAUAUAUAUUCGUAUUAAUAUAAAUAUAUAUAGAUUUA